AUUAUGACUCUUGCUUGUAACAUUAUGUACAAUUCUGUCCUUAUCUCGUUGGUCUUAUCUUAUUAUGGUAUUUUUAGUGGGAAUUAGAUGCCUGGUGUGCAAGAUAUAGAGGCAUAGAGUAUUAAAUCGGGAAACUAGUAUUAGAACUGGAAAUACCAAUUUGUUACGUAAACGCUGACGUGUCUUUGCCUUAUACACAGUUCGCACUUAGUCGAAUCUCGCAGUAGCUGCUACAUGCACUACAGACCAUGUUUGAGCAAUAACAGUCUUUCAUUCAGGCCACUAGCACUCUAAGAGACGUGUCAUAGCAGAUAAUCUUCGUUCACAAUUGAGACUGAACAGAUUCCAAAGAUUUCUUGAAUUCGUCACAAGCGUCGUUUAUAUGGCUUAUCAUAAUUACCAGGGACCGGGCGGGGCUCCACAGACAGCAAACCGCGAUUUUCUAUGGCAGGUGUUCCAAAGGGUUGACAAGGAUCGAAGUGGAGCAAUAUCAGCACAAGAACUACAGUCAGCAUUAUCCAAUGGAACAUGGGCUCCAUUUAAUGCAGAAACUGUUAGGCUUAUGAUUGGCAUGUUUGAUCGGCAGCAGAGAGGAACAAUUUCCUUUGAAGAUUUUGGAGCAAUUUGGAAAUAUGUCACUGACUGGCAAAUUUGCUUUAGAAGUUUUGAUCGAGACAAUUCAGGAAACAUUGAUGGAAAUGAAUUGAGAACAGCACUUACAAGUUUUGGCUAUCGUUUGCAAGAUGGUACACACCAUAUGCUACUCCGGAAAUUCGAUCGUAUGGGCAAAGGAACCAUCUAUUUUGAUGAUUUCAUCCAGUGCUGCAUUGUUCUACAUAAUCUGACUUCGGCAUUUCGUCAGUUUGACACCGAUCAAGACGGAAUUAUCACAAUUGGAUAUGAGCAUUUCAUUCAAAUGGUCCUCAACACCCGCGUUUGAUUCCAUUUUGUCUGUGGCUUCCAAAAUGGAAAAUUUUCCUCAUUUUGGUUUUCUUUCCUUUCUCACAAAUGUCUUUGAUACCAACUGUGUAUCAUUUGUAACCUCCGCAUGAAUCCUUUCUUGAAUAAAUCAACAUGUGAAUACACUAGAUAACAUAAAACA